AUGGAUCACAUAGAAGGGACCUUUUACUUGGAGAAAGAAAUUGCAAUCGAGCCUGAUCUUGGAGAUUUGCGAAAGUCCACCGACAAGGCUCUACCUGCGCCUCCCAAGACGCCGAAGAGGGUGUUGAUGAAGUAUCGCUUCUCUGCCUUCUUCCCAAUCGCAUUUGCUGUUGCGAGCUUCGUGCUUACGCUGGUGCUGUUGCUCGCAGGAAGCGACGAGCACACUUUCGGUGGGCAGUACAUGGUGACUGUAGGUAUUCAGCUAAACAUUGAGGAGGUCAAGUGCUUACGGAAAGCAGCUGAACAGCUCUGCGGUUACCCAAGAAGGCAGACAGCCAGAUGCACAAUCAACGCGAUCGGAAGGUGUAAUUGA